GUCUCAACUUGCCAAGAUCUUGGCAAGAUCCUUCCAAGAUAAAGAUCUUGACAAGAUCAUCCAAGAUCUUUCAUGAUCAUAAAAGAUCUUGACAAGGUUCUCAACCUGGGAUGUCCCCGAUGGACAUGUCAUGGAUUGUGUAGUAGGACAUGGAGUAAGUCUUGGCAAACAAGUGCAGUUCAUUAGAAAACAUCACCACUGCAAAUGGAUCCAAGUUGUUCACAGUGUUCCAGAAGAACUUGGAAUGUACAAAAGCAUUCCACAAGGUGGACAACUGCAAAAAGCAGAGUUAGAAUUGUGUAAGAUGGCUGAUCAAAUCAUAGCAAUUGGACCCAAAGUGGCAGAUGCUUACGAGCAUUACCUUCGUGGUAGUAAAAAAGACCAAAAUAUCUUUGAUCUCACUCCAAGCAUUUUCUCUGAAUUUUUGAAUGUUGAGCAAGCCACUAAAGAAGGAAGCACUUUCAGUGUUCUAGUCAUUGGAAGUGGUGACAGCUGUGAAGAUUUCAUAUUGAAAGGUUUUGAUGUUGCAGCUCAAGCAGUUGCUGAGUUGAAAGAUAAGUCCUACAAACUCAAGUUUGUUGGUGCACCAAGAGGGAAAGAAGGUGAAAUAGCAGAUAAGUUGCUUCGACAUGGUAUUGAUCGUAAUCAGCUAAUUAUCUGCAGCUUUUGUGACAGCAGAGAAUUAUUAGCUGACUUAUUCUGUGAGGUGGAUCUCGCUAUAAUGCCAUCCAAAACUGAAGGAUUUGGAGUCAGUGCUCUUGAAGCCUUAUCUGCUGGUUUACCUGUACUUGUCAGUGGUAAUUCAGGACUUGGAGAAGCUCUGAAGGAGGUGGCUCCAGGAUCACAGUGUGUGGUUAAAUCCGAAGAUCCAAAAGAGUGGGCCGAAAAAAUCCAGGAGGUACGACACAAAAAGAGGGAGGUGCGACUCUUGGAGUCAAGGUUUUUGCGUGAAAAAUAUCUGGAGAAGUACAGUUGGGAAGGGCCCAUUGGAAGUCUUGUAGAGAAGAUGCACAGUCUCAUGUUUGGUAGGCUAGCCUCUGCAUUAAUUAGUUUUUGGGUAAAAUCAUUGUAAUUAAGACAAGUGAAUUAAUUGAUACUAAGUACUCUUAAUCAGAGUCAAAAAACUUAGUUUUUCAUUAUUUUGUUCAGCAAGUGGUAACAUGGGUUCUUUAUUUCAGUUGCCAGAAGGUAAAAUUGGCCACCAAAAGUUUGAUUCCUAACAUUUUGGUGUCACUGCAAAAAAUGAAGUGAAGUUUCAAAGAGGUUUAUUUUGAUAAUCAAAUGAAAUUUUAACAAGGUGUUCUUUACCAGCAGUCAUCUUCACACUUGAGGGGACAUGAGUGGUCAUUAAGUGGUUGUCUGCAAGUGUGGGUGCCUUAGGACCAUGGGAAGUUCAGGGUGGUGGCUUCCUCCAGCCAUGAGCCAUUCUCUCAGUUCUGACCCUUUGGUUAGCUUGCAGAUUCUUAGUUCAGAAUUGGGACUCAGUCUACCACUCUUAAAAGACCUCUUACCACUGUCUGCUUAGCAGCAGGGAAUUUCAAAAACCUACAGCUGUGACCACCAUGUAGAACUCUGACACAGUGGUGAAUGCUGACUGUGAAUGACUACCACAAUCAUGCUAAGAAGAUAUUUUCGAAAAUUUCACUAAAUUCUAUUGUUUUAAUAAAUCAGCCAAACAAAAAUAGAUAGCUCUGCCAAGAAAGGAAGAAAUGGCUCUAAUCUCCUGAUUAGAAAAAAAUUGUUUAUCACAAAGACUAGCCAAUUAAUAAAAGUCAAGAAAGUAAAAAGAUUGAUGAAAGUUUUAAGCCUAAUCAGACACAGGGAUACUUGGUAAAGAAAAAUUAUGAGCUGCUCCUGAGGGGAGAAUAAUUACCUUCAGCUGCAAAUGAGGGAAGAAUAAUCUUUAGCUGCAAAUGAGUGUCCAUUGAAUUCCUCAUAUGUAUUGAGCUGUUGUAACUGCAGUAGUUGUUUUGUAGUAGAUAUGCAUAUAGUACAUAAACACUUAUUGGAGGUUGUUUUGAAAAUGUUGACGCUUUUUGUACCAAAAGGUGGUAAAGGACAGAGGUGUAACUCAAUACUCAACCUUCUGAAGCAGUUUGCAAAUACUCAAACUUAUCAGGUAGAAGUUGUUGUUGAGAUUUAACACCAAAUUCUUAUAACUAAGUUACCAGGGAAUGUUUAGCAGAUGGAGGGAAGAGUUGACAAUCAGAUUUGGGAGUUAAAGGGUUAACUGAUGUUCUGUCUCUUUUAGCUCUAAAAAGCUCCUCUGGUGAUCAAUCAUUUCCUGUAUCCAUGGAAUGUGGACAGUGUCCUCUUCCUUCAAGUUCAGUGCCUCAAGCCAACCUUGUUCAAGAGAGAAGUCACUCUCAAAGUUAGUGAAAUUUAUGAUGAAGUGUUAUUACUACACUUUUAAUUUUUCAUGUGAAACAAUGUUUAUUAUUAUUAUUAUUAUUAGUGUAUUUCCUAUUAUUAUAAUGCUUUGUUUUCAGGGACAUAAACAGUACAGUUUUUGUGUAUUGUUAUUUUUAUUGCUUUUAAAGAAAUGUUCCAAAACAUUCAAGAAUUGGUCCAAAGGGGAACAUAUGAAACUGGUUGCCAUGGGACCAGUGUUAAUGUGAUUUGUUAUAUGGCACAGUGAAGAAAGUAGAGGACACAAUAGGGAAGCCAAUCAAGUGCAAUUACUACAAUGCUACAAUUUCACAUUACCUUCACCCUAACCUCAAUCAUGCUAUGUUCAUGUGCAGUGGUGGUCAUAGGUCAACAGUGGCCUGUACACUGGCUAAACAUCAAUGUAAUGUACAUUGAUGUUUAGCCACAGUAAAAGCCCUGUACACCCAAGACUUCCAUCUUACAUUUAAGUGUGGCGGCAGUUUUUGUACAUCUCCAGAAAUGAUUCCCACUGGUUUCAAUAGAAGCUAGCUACCAGCAGUCAACCACUCUUAAAAGACUCUUACCAUUGUCUGCUUAGCCUGUAGAGAGGCUCCCUUGUUUGGGGUUUGCCUUAUGGCCCUUUUCCAGACACAGCUGCUUAUUAGACAAUCAGUAGCCACUUAUGAAAAGGUCAUUGAGACCCCUGUAUGUUUUGAAAUUAAAUGCUGGAUGUUAGAACAUGGUUGCAACAGGUGAAGGAACAAUCAGGGAAUUUCAAAAACCUACAGCUUUGGCCACCAUGUAGAAGCCAAACUUUGACACAGUGAUCAAUGCUGACUGUGAAUGACUACCACAGUCAUGCUAGGAGGAUAUUUUCAAAAGUUUCUCUUAAUUCUAUUGUUUUAAUAAAGAAGCCAAACAAAAAAGGAAAUGGCUGUGCCAAACAAAGGAAGAAAUGGUUCUGAUCUCUUAUAGAUAAAAAAAAUUGUUUAUUGCAAAAAGUGGCUAAGUAAUAAAAGUCAAAGAAGUAAAAAUAUUGAUAAAAAUGAAAGUUUUUAGCUUGAUCAGACACAGGGAUACUUCAAAAAGAAAAAAUUAUGAGCUGACAUGAGAGGAGAGUAAUCUUUUGCUACAGAUGAGUGUACACUGAAUUCUUCAGAUCCACUGAGCUGUUGUAACUGCAGAAAUUGUUUUAUGGUAGAUGCACAUACUUGUACAAAAGCAGUGAGAGGAGGUUGUUCUGAGAAAGUUGAAGCUUUUUAUAUCAGAAGGUGGAGAAAGACAGAGAUAUAAUUCAAUAUUCACCCUUCUGAGGCAAUUAUCUUGCUUAAGAACUAAUUUUCCGUAUGAAAUCAGUAUGAUCUAUCACUAAUUUCAAAGGAAAAUAAACAAACAGAUCAUUAACUAAGUGAAUUGUCAGUUAAUAAAUACUUAAUCUUCAAAGAAGCAUAUUCUUUUCAGUUAAUUUGCUAUUGUGCACUGUUAGGUUUAGGAAGCAGACCUGUUAUUGCAACUGGAGAUAAGAGGCCAGCCUCUAUUGUGUUAGGUGAUUGCCAUUCCAAACAGUUCAGGGGAGAAGUGAUAAACUAUUAUCAUAAUGAAAGUAAUAUUUAGAUGUUAAAUGAUGUAAAUUUUCUUGUUCAUUUUCAAAUGACUACCAAACUUGUAUGCCCUGGAAAGCUUACCAAUGGGCCAUGAUAUUUUUAAAAACCAUUCCUUUGUCCUUCCCAGGACAAAGAGCUGUAGUUAACUGAUGUUGUGUCUCUUUUAGCUCUAAAAGGCUCCUCUGGUGAUCACUCAUCUCAUUCAUCCAUGGAAUAUGGACAGUGCCCUCUUCCUUCAACUUUAGUGACUCAAGACAACCCUUUUCAAGAAAGAAAUCACUCUCAAAGUUAGUGAAAUUUGUGGUGAAGUGUUAUUACUGCACUUUUCAGUUUUUCAUGUAGAGCAAAGUUUGUUAAUGUUAUUAUUAUUAAAAUAAUAUUGUUACUAUUAAUAUCAUUUCUUGUUAUUAUAAUGCUUCACUUUCAGAGACAAACUGUACAGUUUUUGUGUAUAGUAAACUUCAUAUUUUUUAAGGAAAUGUUUCAAAACAUUGAGGAAUUGACACAAAAUGGAACAUAUGAAACGGUUUGCCGUGGGACCAGUGUUAAUGCGAUUUGCUCUACAGCACAAUGAAGAAAGUAGAGGACACAAUAUGGAAACAAAUCAAGUGCAAAUUACUACAAUGCUACAAUUUCACGUACAACGUCGGUCAUCGCUCAACAGUGGCCCGUAACAUUGCUCUGUUAUCCUCUGAAGUCAAAUUUUUAACAACUUUUUUCGCUCAGAAUUUUUUGACGUGUGACCCCAAAGUAAGCAAUGCGAGCGCUCGUGAAAGAGUUAGGGUACUUUGCAGAAGAGUGUUUAUACAGGAGGGGAAGAAAAGGGGCUAGGGCUAAGGGAUGGAGUGUCAGGGUUAGAUUUGUAUGGGGGAUUAUUUACGAUCCUUUCAGCUGUUAACAAAGACAUAAAGUUUGCUGAUACUUCGUGAAUCAUAUUAAAACCUUCUAACAGUGCCAUUUAGCCAUUUGGAAAAAAUGCCAUCAGAUAUUGUCAAUCAUCUGAUUUUAUUUAAGGUAAAAGGUUUUUAUCACGGAUUGUCUGUUGCAGAUCAAGUGCAAGACAUAACAAAGUCAGAAGAACCACACGUUACUACACAAUGCGCAGAAAAUCCUAAGUCAGCUGGUGAGUUUUUAAAAGAGUCAACACGAGAUAAGAGAUAGACCCCUUUGUGUUGAAAGGACGCGUUAAGUUUAAAGGCGUGACUGGCAUUAAAAAAAGAAAAGAAACGGAUGUGAAAUGGCGGACACCAUCUUUCACAAAUCUUCACAAUGAUCCUUCUGCACCUUCUUCUUAACCCCCCCCCUCCCCUCCGUAUGUUGGUGAUUCCUACUACUUCGUUACUCCGUAAGCUCUUACUGUAGUAAUCAGCGCUUGUUGAAUGGGAUUGAGCAUACUGCGACAAUUAUCUAGCCCGGAGGCUAUAAACACCGCAACACUGUAUCAAUAAAUUAUUUGCCUCACCCGCUUCAGUUUCGGAUGGUAAUUUUUUUUUAAAGACAAUGAAAAUCACGAUAUCCUACAAUUAGAGAGUUCAAUAAAAAUUUUAUGAUUUGAUUACUGAGUUUUUUCUAAAUUGUUUUCCGAGAUUAACUCUCUGAUAGCCCAGAGGAGACAUCUGUUAUUUUCAAUGGACGAACUUAGUCAUAAUUACGUAAGAGAAGAACGUCAUUUGAAGGUCACAAAAGGGGCUGACAGCCAAUGAGAGAAAGAGUGAAUUACAUCGAACGAUAUUAAUUUCAAACCGUGCAUAGUAAAACAGCUAUUGUACUGCAGAAGUAACGUCGAUCUUGGUCAGGGGCGUCGCCAGGACUUUUUAUGGGAGAGGAAGCUAGCCUUUUCCAGGCCAAAAGGCGAGCAGGCGAAAAAAAUUGCAUGCAAGCGCAUUCUACAGUUGUGGUAGUCAGCGAAACAGUUCUUUCCAUUUGUCCUCUCGCUGUUCUGCGCCGCCGCUUUUUUGAUCCUCUCCAGUGAUUGAAAGCGUUGAAGAGGCUAAACGGGGGGUGGAGGGUCUGAAGGAAGGGGUCACGGACGCUUUUUUAACUCGUUUUUUUUAUGAGAAUUCCACUAUGAAAAUGUGUCACUCACUCGAUAAGUUGUAGACAGUAGUAGUUAGUCGUCCUGUAGACGUCCGAACACGAAACCAUAUUGGAGUACUAUCCGCGCAUAAAACGAUAGAGAUGCUCUGUUACAGUUUACAUUAAGGAUCGUUGCUUUAAAUAUCACCUUCCAAGUGAACAAAAAUUCAUUGAGUUCAGGCGGAAACCUAAUGCAGUGAAUUGCCUCGAUUGUUUAUAAUCUGAGAUAAAACAAGAACCGUGAUUAACUUCAGUUAUCUUAAUUGAAACAUUGGCCACUGGAUCGAUUAGAAGCGGACGAAGAUAACCCUGUGCUUCUCUGACUAAAGAAAACUUGUGGAAUUCAUUUCCACAUAUCUUCAAUUAAAAUCAGUCAAAAAUACUAGCAGUCUCAUAAAAUGCGUUCUGAGGUCUUUUCAUUCCGAGGCAGAAAACUUAUCAGUUGCAAGCGGGAGAAAACCGUGUAAGCAAAGAUGAUUGCGUUACAUUGCAAACAUUUAUUGAGCAACUGUGAGGCGAAACGUGACAUAGUAAUAGAAAAUAGCGGAAUUUUGUUUGCGCAGGCGAGGAAAGAUUUGGAUCGCAGAAGCUAAAUUUGACAAAUUUUGCAAAAGGAAAUUCGAUAAACGCAGGAUACUAUUUUGUGCUGUUUUUGUUGACUAUAUAUGCGUUUAUUUUAUGUGGAGUUGGAUGUUUACCAUAAUUGUGGAUAUCUCCGCGACUUUCCGGAACCUUGGCUUCUAUGAUAAGAGCAAACCUUGUAUUGCUAUAAGACCAGUUAUUAUAAGUGAUAACCAUGGUUCUUCUCUGGAUUAAGUACUUUAUGCACAAGUGGGCCAAAGGUAUUCUUUGAUUUUGUGUCUAGUGUCUUAUACCACUGCCCUAUCUUUUGCACAAGCGGGCCCCUGUUUACGCGGCGAAAACUGGCAAAUGGAGUUUUUGCCAUGCAGAUUUUAUCGCAUAAGUGUGUUACGUGUUGAAAUAAUUAUUAUAUGCAAAAGUGAUGACUGUUAAGUUAACACAGUAGAUUUUAUUUUAUCUCUCCAGAUUACCCUGAGAAACUUGUGGCGCUGAUUAGACGAGAUUACAAGGGAACAGUAUUGUGUCCCUUCCCUUGGUGUGAGGAAGAAUUGCAAUUCCAACUCUCUAAGAUAUUUACAAGACUGACUAUCGUUUGCCGGAAGAAAGAACGUGCAAAGUUGACAGAAGACUCCGUCAAAAUGACUGAGGUCUUGAGACCAUAUAAAAAAUGUGAAUGUAAAUGUGAAUGUAAAUGUGAACGUGAAAAACCAAGAGUAGUGUUGAUCGAAGGGGAACCUGGGAUAGGAAAAACCACUUGCUGUCAGAAGCUUGCAUAUGAUUGGUCUGUGGGGGACAUUCCAACUGAAUCUUCUUUUCCUAAAGUGGACAUACUUCUUCGGCUGACGUGUCGUGACAUGAAGACUGCUAAAAUUGAGGAUGCUAUUGAAGAUCAGCUACUACCACUUGAUGUGAACGAGAAAGACAAGGAAAAUUUUUUCUAUUUCAUUCGCCAUUAUCAAUCUAGAAUCUUGCUGGUACUUGACGGAUUGGAUGAAUUACCGCAGAACCUGUUUAAAGAAUUUUUGCCUUUAAUUAAAGGAAGAGUUUUACCUUUAACUUAUCUCAUUAUAACAGCUCGACACGAAGUAGGGAUAAAUGUUCGGCUACACAGUGACGCACUGUUUGAGAUUAAAGGCUACACUAAAGAAGAUGCAGACAGUUACAUCCAGAAGUAUUUCAGUUGUCACGACAAAUCAAGGCUUGCUGAGAAACUAAUCAGGAAAAUAAAAAACGACUCACAGCUUAGGGAAUUGACUGCCAAUGCACUGAACACAGCUCUUCUAUGUCUUGUUUUUGAAGACACUGGCGGAAUAUUGCCUCACAACAAAACCAUGUUGUAUCGUGAACUUGUUGACUGUGUUCUGAGGCGAUAUUGUUCUAAGAAAGAAAUCCGUUUGUGCGACAGAAGUCCCAUAGACAAAUACAUGCAGGAGCUGAAUCAGUUGGGCAAGUUAGCUCUUGAAGCUCUGCUGAAAGAUCAAUUGGCUUUCACUCCAGGGGAGCUAGAGAGUCAGUCAACGGAAUUCCUUCGGCUUGGAUUUCUUUCUCGAGAAGCCAGUGUAAGCAAAAUCAGACCGAAGCCAACUUAUGCAUUUAUCCACAAGACUUUUCAGGAAUUCUUUGCCGCAUUCCAUCUGUCGCUUGAAUUGGAAACUGCUGAUAGGGACCAGACGGCCCUGCUGACUCAGCUUAGUCCUGUUGAUAAGUACUGGCAGGUGUGGAAAUUUUUGAUCACAAUGGUAGCAGAUAAAAGUGAAGAAACAGCUACUUUCCUGGUUUCGAGACUAUGGGCUUCUUUUCAGCGUAAAAAACCUAGGAAAUCGGUAAAACGUCAGUAUACAAAGCAACCUUUAAAAUCGAGCGACUCUGAACACGACUCUGAAGACGACUCUAAAGACGACUCUGAAGGCCACUCUGAAGAUGACUCUAGAGGCGAUCCUCAUGACGAGCAUGACAAAUCAUGUAGAGGGGAGCUCUUCGGCCUUUUAAAUGACCAUGAUAUAGAAGUCCCUGGAGAUACUAGAUGGGAUGAGGGGAGAUGGAGAGCGAUGGAUAGAAACUUUGCAGAAACUGAUGAGGUUUCCUUUUUUGAGAAAACAGUUGAUGCUAUUGCUCAGUGUGAACAAGGUAAUGAUAAACUUAGUUCCUGCCAGAUUAAAAUGGCCCGUACGCUAGCUCAUUGUUUUCCUAAGGAUGAAGUGAUAAUGAAGGAAAGUUAUCUCCCUGCUGAUUCCUCUCCCUGGGGCUCUCAAUUUUCACUCGUUUUCUACGAAUAUCUUAAAGGCAACCGCAAACUGAAAGAAUUAGUUUGGAAAGUAUCAGCUUCAGCAGCACUUGCAGAUGUCCGGUGCAUUAAAUCACUAACUCAAGCUCUUCAGGCGAAUCCAAAGGUUACACAUUUAAAUAUGUCUCGUGCCGGAGUCAACAAUGUGCAAGCGAAAGCACUCGGAGAAACUCUCCGGUCAAAUGACACUCUGACUCAUUUGUCCAUAGCUGAUAAUCGGAUAACACGUAUUGGAGUUGAAGCUUUAGCAGACGCUCUAAGAUCCAAUAAAAUAUUGAAGAACUUGAAUAUUAAAAGUAACAACAUUGGUGAUGAGGGAGCCAAAGUACUCGGAAAAGUUCUCCAGUCAAAUCACACUUUGACUCAUUUGUCCAUAGCUCGUAAUGGGAUAACACAUAUUGGAGUUGAAGCUUUAGCAGACGCUCUGAGAUCCAAUGAAAUAUUGAAGAACUUGAAUAUUGAAAGUAACAACAUUGGGGAUGAGGGAGCCAAAGUACUCGGAAAAGUUCUCCAGUCAAAUCACACUUUGACUCAUUUGUUCUUAGCUUCUAAUUGGAUAACACAUAUUGGAGUUGAAGCUUUAGCAGACGCUCUAAGAUCCAAUAAAAUAUUGAAGAACUUGGAUAUCGAAGAUAACAGAAUUGGUGAUGAGGGAGCCAAAGUACUCUGAAAAGUUCUCCAGUCAAAUCACACUUUGACUCAUUUGUCCAUAGCUCAAAAUCAGAUAACACAUAUUGGAUUUGAAGCUUUAGCAGACGCUCUAAGAUCCAAUAAAAUAUUGAAGAACUUGGAUAUUGAAAGUAACAACAUUGGUGAUGAGGGAGCCAAAGUACUCGGAAAAGUUCUCCAGUCAAAUCACACUUUGACUCAUUUGUCCGUAGCUCGUAAUCUGAUAACACAUAUUGGAUUUGAAGCUUUAGCAGAAGCUUUAAAGUCCCAUAAAUCAUUUAAGGACUUGGAUAUCAGACAUAACUACAUCGGUGGUGAGAAAGCAGAAGCACUCAGAAAAGUUCUCCAGUCAAAUCACAUUAUGACUCAUUUCUAGCUGAUACUCAGAUACUGGGUUGUGGAGAAUGGGUUCGCUCAUCGCAUCGUCAUCACAUGGGUGAUCAACGGGUAAGAGCUAUAGCACACGCUCUCCGAUAUAACAGUUCACUGACUCUCCUAGGUAUUUGUGUAAUUACUUUAAGUGACUCGUCAUUCGCAGCGCUGGGAGAAGCCCUUAAGAGCUAAUGUCAGCAUUCAUCAAACAAACAGCGGCAAGUCACCCAAAUUUGUUUUCUCUCCUACUUUCAUAUUUUGUAGCCCAAUAUGUUCUAAUAAUUUUGGUGUAGUUUUUUUGUAAAAAUUUAUUUUAGUUUUCGAGAAAUUACUUUUUUCGUUCGACUGCUCAAAUAUGCAAAUUUUCACCGUGAAUAUUACCAGAGUUGUGUGACCUCGUGUAACGAAUGUACUAGACCUACGGUAUAUCUGCGAACAUAAUCCUUUGUUUUAUCAUCUAAACUUAAUCCCCUGUCGUUAUUGAAGCUGGCAAAGAAAUAUUUAUUUUUUGGUGAAUAUUUUUGUCCGACAUACUUUUCCUAUGUCGAAAAGUAGCAUCAAAACAAAGAAAGUUUUAACAAUGACCGAUAAGACACAAUCUACUGAGCUUCAAGCUUUUAAAAGAUCAAAGGAUGGUUAUAAAGUUACUGUAAAAAUUUCCUUGUGUAUUUGUGUUGUUCUAUCUUGAGACGAACUCAAAGUCCGGCAAAAUUUACAUGAUAGCGACUAUGAAAUAUACACGGUGCGCCUACUUGUCACCACCGUUA